AUGCCUUGCAACAAUUAUUUAUUCAAGCUUUUGCUGAUCGGAGAUUUAGUAGUUGGCAAAUCAUGUCUUCUGCUCAGAUUUGAUGAUAACUCAUAUCUUGACAGUUAUAUAAGCACAAUCGGUGUCGAAUUUAAAAUUCGUACUGUGGAUCAAGAUGGAAAUACAAUUAAGCUUCAAAUUUGGGACACUACUGGACAAGAAAGGUUCAUGACCAUUACUAGCAGCUACUAUUGUGGGCCCAUGACAUUAUCGUAUAUAGUGUAUUAUCUUACUAACCUAGAAAGUUUAAACAAUUUGAAACAAUGGUUGAGUGAAAUUGAUCGUCGUGCAAGUGAAAAUGUAAACAAACUUCUAGUUGGUGACAAAUGUGAUCUUUCUGAAAGUAGAUUUGUUUGCUUUGAUACUGCAAAGCAAACAAAUCUAGAAGGG